AUUCAUUGUCAGUGAAAAGUUAGACAUAAGAGGACGGAUUUUGAUGAUUGUUCAGAAGCAGACGUCAUUAGAAUGGAUUCCAAUAGACCCCUGUCUGGUUGCCCGGGCAACAGGAAGUCUUUCGAGCCCGCCGGUUCUGUCAUGAAAAAGGCACAGUUGUUAGGAUUUCAGGCUAAUUCACGGAACAGUUCAGCAUUUUCUUCAGACUUCAUGCAGAGUACAAAAGAGCGUUUUACAUAUGAGUUGAACAAAGAUGACAAUAAUUGGAUGCUGAAGUGUUAUAAGGGUGUUGAAGAGAAUGGAUAUUCUACCAAUACAGUGGUAUCAGUUGAACAACGUCGAGGAACCAACAUCCUUAUCAUAGGAUGUGGGCCUGGAGGUUCUAUCUUGACAUUCAUUGAGUUUGACACCAAGAAACAAGCAGAUGAGUGGGAAAAAUUAAUCUGCAUGAUAGUUGGUAAGGAAUAUAAUCCCCCUCUUGGAAUUAGGAGGGUACAAACUGAAAUUGAAUCAAGAAGAGAAAAAAAGAAACUCACCAAGCAAACUUCCGCGCCACCAGGCUUUCUUCUAAAGAAAAAGGAGGUAAAAACUAACAAUGAAUUGGCGGGGAGAGUGAAACAUACUACUUCACGCCAAAUUAAAGAGACGAGUCCGAUUGUGGAAUUGGUCAGCACAGAGUCGUCGUCGUCAUCAUCAUCACCACCACCACCACCACCACCACCACCACCACCACCAUCAUCAUCAUCAUCACCACCAUCACCACCACCAUCAUCAUCAUCACCACCACCACCACCACCAUCAUCAUCAUCAUCACCACCACCACCACCACCAUCAUCAUCAUCACCACCACCACCACCACCAUCAUCAUCAUCAUCACCACCACCACCACCAUCACCACCACCAUCAUCAUCAUUAUCGUCAUCAUCAUCACCACCACCAUCACCAUCGUCGCCGUCGCUGUCAUUGCAUUCGACUUUGUCACCGUCCAAUUCAACCGAUUUUUCGCUGCUUUCCCAACCUAGCAGCCUAAGUUCAUUACUUGAUAGCAGGCAAUGGUAUUCUCCAUUAAUAGAUAGUGAUAUCACGGAAGGAAGAUAUAUGAGAAAGGAUCUCAUGGGUACUGUUCUUGUUGAUUUAAAUGGGAACGUCUGUGUGAAAUCAACGAAACCGGGAUCAAGAUUACACGAUGGGGAUAGAAUACUUGCAAUAGAUGCCAAGCAAUGUAUGAAUGCCCGAAAAAUGGCCAAAUAUAUUCAAAGAAACGAGUCUGAAAAGUUUUCUCUUCGUAUAAAUCAUGGAGUUCGAUGUGCUAUCUCUAAGCAUGUACAGGGCUUUCAUAUUAAUGUCAAGAGCAAUGAGAUGAUUAAAAUCGAUGUAGAAGAUGUGAUGAAAACAAUACGUCAUCUACCAUGCACUAUAUCCGGAAAUCAAAGUUCUACUCUGGCUGUUACAGACGACGUGAAUUUCACAGAAGAAACGGAAUUUCGGCAAAAUACGGUUGACGAUAAAGAAAUACCACUGGAAACUUGUACAAUCAUCCAUCUCCAACCAGAUUGUCUCCUUCAAGCAUUAUCUCAACUUGAUGGGUCAGUCAUCGGUGAAGAGCAAGGUCAAGAAUCACUUAACGAAGUGAUGUCAGACACUGACCACUCUAGUUCGGACGACAACCCUGUGGCAACCCCAGCCAUGCCAUAUGACAGUCGAAGGAAUCAUAGGGACGAAGCUUCAGAUCAACCUGAAAAGAGUCCCGCCGAUGAUCCUGCAGACAGACAGUCUCCGAGUAGCAAAGAAUACAAGGAAGUAACAUUACGAAACCAUGGUAACACAUCGCCAUCGAAAGACAGACACAGACGUGAAGGAAUGGUAUUUAACAAUGGAGAUUGAUGAGACAAUCGUUAGGCCCCUACUGACAAAGAUAAUCGAAUGAUUUUUUAAAAUAUCAUUUUGUUGCAUGUAAACGCCAACGAUCCUAUGUUUAAAAAUGAGGGCAGGGGGAGCGGUAGAAAAAUAUAUAAAUGAGCAUAAAAAGAUAGAACCAGGGAUAAGUACAUUUUCAUAUAAGAUGGGGUGGUGUUCUGGAAACGUUCUUAUCUCCGUUCUUAUCUUUUAUCUUAUCUCAUAGAGACAGAAAGACGCUAAAAUCCUCCUUUCUCAUCCUCUUCUUCCUCCUCCUACUCCUCAUCCUUCUUUUCCUUCCCUUCUUCUUCUUCUUCUUCAUCCUCAUCAUCAUCAUCACCAUCAUCAUCUCCCUUUCUUCCUCCUCUUUUUUUUGAACAAACCAUCUCGAUCUCUAAUUCCUGAUUUUGAUAUUUUACCUUUCAAUCAUUAUAAUUAUAUACAUGGAUCCCACAGGAAAUAAGCUUUUGGGUUUUCAUGUGUUAUCCUGUUCAAGCCUACCGAUUCAAAUUCCCUUCUGUUUCAUCUCUUCAUCUGUGUUACCCGAAAACUCGCCACCUUGCCAAGACAAAAUCGUCGAAACAAAAAGAUGAUAAGACCCCCUUAUCUCAGUGGCGGAAUAAGCCAAAAGUUUUGAGGGGGCUAUGUAUGGCGUAUUGCGUAAAAUUUGUUUUAAAAAAAUUGCGAGCGAGCGAAGCCAGCGAGCAAAAAUGUUGACAUUUUUAUAGCAAAAAUAAAAUUUUGUGAUAGAUUUCGAUAUAAUAUUUAAAAAAUAAUAUCAUAUUUCACCCUUCUCUCUUGUUCUACUUUUCUCAUUUUUUUCUUGAUCGAGAAGCCCCCAAGCCCCCCCCCCCUAUCUGUACGCCAGUGCCUUAUUUUCCACUUGCGUUAUAGUGAUUUGUCACUGGAUUACUAAGUGUACAGUAUUGGUCUGGUUUAUUCAUUUAAACAGGUUGUUUCUUAUGAAAGGUUUGUUAAUGUAUAGUCACUUUCAUAAAUUAUUAUGUAUUACACUAGAUUAAGAUUGCAUAUCCCUACUUAUGCAGUUGUACAUAACGAAUUCAUGUAUUUAUACACCUGUGCAAUUACUUAUAUUUAAUGUUUAUUAUAUUCAAUGUAACUAUCAAAAUACCGAUUUGUUGAUGAAACAAUGUGAAAGACUGUUUUUUGCUGGGAGAGUUGAGUAAGAAACAGUUUUUGUAAUUAGUAUGAAUUUUUAUCUAUCAUGUCUAUCUUGCCAUAAUUAUUAUUUAUUUAUUUAAUUCAGUUUCAAUUAAAAAACAUAUUUUUUCUUAUUUCCAACGAAUUUGUGGAUCAUAUAUAAGCCAUAAAUUUAGCCUAUCUUGUAAUAUAUGCAUGCACUACACUAUAUGAAUAUAUCAGAAAUAUGUUUAAACAAAAAUUUAUCAAGUAAUACUGCAGUUUGAAAAUGAGAUGUAAAUUAUAAGUGUUAAGCUGGAAACUACAUAAAUUCAAGUUACAUUAUUCUUGUUGUAAUCGUCUUCUAUUCUUUGUAUUUUACUUGUCCCAUUCCAUUGGUAUGUCAUUUCUUUAAUACUUUCUAUUGUAUGUAUUUUUAUUCAUAUAAAGUUGUUCUUGUAUAUUUAACAUUUCUGUACGCAAUAUUUUAACAGAUACUGUACUGGUUUCAUGUACACCACGUAUUCUUUCGUGGGCAUAAAGGGACCACACAAACUAGACGUUUCGACAAGUGUGUCCAAGUUCAGGAGAAUGAGCAAAAGCUUUAAAGAAGGCUAGAUAUUUCAGGGUGCCUGCUUUAUGUUGAUUUAUUUCAAUAAAACAUACAUUUUUUUCAUUAUUCUCCUGAACCAAAUAAACAUACUUGUCGAAACGUCGAGAUUGUGUGGUCCUGAAACUACGAAAGAAAACGAACCGUGAUACUACUACACUCUUCUUCUUUGCCAUGGAAACUUUCAAAAGUUAUAUUUUAACAUAAACGUGAUAAUAAAUAUUUAUAUGUCAUAAAAGAUAUGUAUUAUAAUCAAGUCAUAUAGAUUUCUUUAAACCCUACUUAAUCGGUUAUCACCCUUACAUAUUACUAAAAUAACUAUAUUCACAUCACUUAAAUGUCAUUAUCCAAGACUCCAAGUACCCAUUAUUUAUAUUUUAGGUCGUCUGCCUAUUACACUCUUAAAAAUGUUGGGCAACAUACUGUCCACUCAAUUAUUGGUUAAAAAUUUAUCAAUUCUGGGUAGUUUUAAACCAAUAAUGUGUCCUUUGGGUGAAGACUACACAGUGUUGGUUGAAAUAUACCCAAAGUUGGAUAACUUUUUAAAACUAAUUGUUGUGUGGACAGUAUGUUGCCCAGCAUUUUAAGAGUAAAGACUACUGUGGUGACUACCCUGCCCAAUACGUAUUCGUGAUGAUAUGCAAACAAUAAAAUUCUUUAUAUUAACAGGGCAUGUUGCAUAAAAGAACAAUUCUGGUAUUUUUAAUUUGCCAAAGGUUUUCAAUGUGUUAAGUUUCAGCGGCAUAUUUUGUUUGCCAGAGGUUUUUUUAAUGGCAAAAGAUUUAUGCAACCGGCCACAGGUAGGUGUUUCAUUAUACAUAACAACUGGAAUAUGUACUUAGUUUAUAUUAUGCACAACUAAGUAAACAACCCUAUUCAGCUGACUUCAAGUCAGUAGCAGGGAUCAAUAAGCACAACAAAGGGUCACCAAACGAGCGUAAAGUCACUCAUCAAUUUAGUACGAGCAGCUUCAUGAAACACAAUAGUCGAAAGGUAAUGUUCAUUUUGUAAUCUAUGCCAUAUCAAUUCAUUAAUGACCAGGUUCUAUGGAAUUUAUACAAGUUCUGUAAUUUCAGGGAUAAUUAAAAGUUUUAAACUCAA